CUUAAAGACACAGACAAUAUGCUAUGCACGCGCGCGCACCCAGCAUGUACUUGUACAAGCACGCGCACCCAAAUCUUCCGGUGAAAAGCAAACGUUGCUGACGAAGGACACGAGAACAGACGUCGUAUAAUCAACUUCUUCAGACGUUUUGACUCAAAAUGCCCACAACCAAAACAGUGAUUUUGGAAGCACUGGAAGAUCUUCUGGAUGCAGAGUUCAGCGAAUUCAAAUGGCACCUGUGCAAUCAAGAGAAAAAUCCUGUUUCUCGAGGAAAGCUUGAGAACGCUAACUGCUGUGAUGUUGUGGAUAUCCUGGUGCAGCAGUACAGUGCUUCAGAUGCAGGGAAGAUCGCAGUCAGAGCCCUACGCAAUAUUAAACAAAAUGAACUUGCCAUUCAACUGAAGGGGAAACUUCAGGAAGUUUCUUCAUCAGUGUCAGAAGAAGCAUCAGAAGAAGCAUCCAGUGCAGGAGGUCCUGCUAAAGCUUCAGGGGUUUCAGUCAGUAUAACUGCUAGAGAUGGAGGAAAAGUAAAGGCUCCAGUUCUUCAGGGUGGCACCUUUAAUGGCCCAAUAACAUUUAAUUAAUUUUAUUGGAAUGAAAUUGAAUAUCUAUCUAUCUAUCUAUCUAUCUAUCUAUCUAUCUAUCUAUCUAUCUAUCUAUCUAUCUAUCUAUCUAUCUAUCUAUCUAUCUAUCUAUCUAUCUAUCUAUCUAUCUAUCUAUCUAUCUAUCUAUCUAUCUAUCUAUCUAUCUAUCUAUCUAUUCAGGUAAUUCUCAGGGGAACCAAUCUGUCUUUCUAUGUAUAAAGAUGCUGCUAAAACUAAUGGCUUAACCCCUUCAGACCUAAUUCUUCCAUUUUUUUAAUUCAGUUUGCAUUAUUUUGAUUGUUUAUCAGGGGAUCGGUUCUCAGCAUUUUCAUACCACAAAAUGUGAUGUCCAUUCCAGUGGACGCAGGGUCUGAAGGGGUUAAAUAACAGUGAAAACUGAUUAGUAAAUAAUACAUACGUUAUUAUCAUAUUUAGUUAAACAAGAUUCUAUAUUGUAUAAUGUUUUGUUACUGAGCAUGGCAGAUGUCAUUCUAAAGCAGGGGUCUCAAACUCAAACUGGCUUGGGGCCAUUUCAGUGACUGACAUUUCAUCGAAGGGCCGCAGAGCUAUUUUAACGUAAAAAAGUACAAUAUUUAGUUUUAUGUACUGUUUAAAUUUAAUUAUUUAAUGUAUAACAAUACUUGAAAAAUAUAUAAGCAGUUGUUUUUAUCUUUUUAAUAUACGUUAUAUUAUAAAAGUAUAGUAAAUCUUUUCUUGACCUUAUCUUAAAUAAUUAAGGCCUAUUAAAACCUUGCACUAAACUAACAAAUUUAAUUCCUGUAUAUAUUUAUAAACUAUUAUUAAAAAAUGUACAUGACUAACUCUUAUACGUUUAAAUGGGGAGGGCCGGGAGUUUGAGACCACUGUGCUAAAGUUUUCCAGAGUCUUGAUCUUUGUAUCAAAAACACAGACAUUUUAAUUUCCAUUGUACAAAUAAAAAAUCUUGUGUACAUCAA